AUGUCUCUUGCUAUUUAUCUUUCCAUUGCAAUGAGUCUAAUCGUCCUACUUGUAUUCAUCUCACCUUGUCGAUCACGGUUUCCGGGCAUCCCAAGAGUUGGCAAAACCUCAGGACUUUUAGACUUUAACCGCACCACUGCGAAAAAAGAAUUUGUAAUCAACGGACAUCGUCUCGUAGAUGAAGGUUAUCAAAAGUAUAAAGAUGAGCCCUUCAUAGUCCAAACCGAAGACAUGGAACGACUAAUCCUGCCCCCUAAAUUUCUCGCAGAGCUACCUGGAUUUGUACCAGAUAUGGCAGCAGAGCUUUCAUUCGCCAUGUCCGAAUCUUUGAUUCAUUGCUCUUCGCGAGCAACCGGUAAUGCACUUCGUCCAUAUCCUCGUUUGUUACGUCCUGUUCUCAGAUCGUUCCUCGCUCCAAAAACUCGUAUGGAUGGCAUUUUUUCAAAAGCUCUAGAGAUUCUAGGAUCCGCCAUACAAGAGAGGCAAAAACCCGAGCAUAAAGCAAAUAAUCUAUUAGGAUUCCUGGUUUCAACAUCUGAAGUUGUCAAUCCAAAAGAAAUUGUUUUGAAACUUUUAGUGCUGAAUUCCGCAGCACUGCACACAUCUACAAUGUUCGCAGUCCACACUCUGUACUAUCUCUGCGAACGACCAUCAUACAUACUCGACUUGCGUGCCAAAAUGAGGGAUGCAUUGAAAGAAGAAGGAUCAUGGCGAAUUUCCACCAUAAAUAAGCUGAGAAAAUUAGAUAGUUUCAUGAAAGAAUCUAUGCGAUAUAAUCAACCAAAUGCUCUAUCCUUCGAUCGCAUAGUCCUAACACCUCAUACCCUCUCCACCGGUCUCCACCUCCCCAUCGGAACAUUUAUAUCCAUGGCUUCCGAAUCCAUGUCUCGGGACCCAACCUACUACUCCAACCACGACUCCCCAGCCACCUUCAACCCAUCCCGAUUCUAUCAAUCGCCUCCCCAAACCGAAAAAACUACCUAUAACCCCCUCAAAGGAUUCACAAGCAUCGAACCUGGCAAUCUAGCAUGGGGAAAUGGAAGACAAACAUGUCCAGGAAGAUGGUAUGCAGGAGUUGUGAUAAAACUUGUGGUAGGGACUUUGUUGGAGGGGUACGAGAUGAAGUUUCCGGAGGGAGUGAAGAGACCGGGGAAUUUUUAUAGGAAUGCGGGGAUUAUGCCAUGUACUAAGCAGGAGAUACUUUUGAGGAAGUUGGUGUUAGGUGAUAGUUAA